AGAAGCAACCAUUCCCGUGUCUCUGAAUUCCUCCUCUUAGGUCUUUUUGAGAGGCCAAAGCAGCAGCCUGUCUUAUUUGGCAUCUUCCUGAGAAUGUACCUGGUCACUGUCAUGGGGAACCUGCUCAUCAUCCUGGCCAUUGGAUUGGACCCGCACCUCCACACCCCCAUGUACUUCUUCUUAGCCAACCUCUCUUUUGCUGAUAUCUGCUUUUCUUCCACCACAGUCCCUAAGAUGCUGGUGAACAUCCAUACCCAUAGUCAGACCAUCCUGUAUGGGGGGUGUUUGGCCCAGAUGCAUUUUUUCAUGAUGUUUGGGGCUCUGGAUGACUUUCUCUUGGGGGUGAUGGCCUAUGACCGCUAUGUGGCCAUCUGCAGGCCUCUUCACGACACCACACUCAUGAGCCCCCUUGUGUUCAUGCUCUUUCUUGCAGCAUGCUGGGUUCUUACCAACCUUGCUGCCCUCUUGCACACCCUGCUGAUGGCUAGGCUGUCCUUCUGUGCAGGCAACACCCUUCAUCACUUCUUCUGUGAUGUGCUCCCUCUGCUGCAGCUCUCCUGCUCAGACAUCCACAUGAACCAGGUAGCCCUGUUCAUGGUGUGCUCCAUGAUACUUACUGCUCCCCUCUCACUGAUCAUCCUGUCAUAUGCACGCAUUAUCUCCACCAUCCUCAGGGUUCCCUCUUCCUCGGGUAGGCAAAAGGCCUUCUCCACUUGUGGGUCCCAUCUCACUGUUGUGUUCCUGUUUUAUGGCACAGCCAUUGGUGUCUAUUUGUACUCCCCUUCUUCACAAUCAAGCAGCAAGGACAGGAUUGCAUCUGUGUUUUACACAGUGGUGACCCCCAUGUUGAACCCCUUCAUUUACAGCCUCCAGAACAAUGAUAUGAAGACUGCCCUAAGAAAGCUUUUUGGAACCAACAUGAUCUCCUUUCAGGGACUUUAA